AUGGGGUUCCAGAUGUUCUUCCACAAUAACAACCUUAAUAGGCCAAAAACUUUUAGCAUAAAGUUUUCUAAGAAGAUGGAUCAGGAACCAACUAUAAGAUGCAUGUUAGUCGGAGAUGGUGCUGUUGGGAAAACCAGUAUGAUUAUCAGCUACAUCUCCAGUGGAUUUCCCAGCAACUACUAUCAGACAGCCUUUGAUGUCUACACUGGGAAGGUAAGGGUGGAUGGAACUCCACUGAAGAUUCAGUUGUUGGACACUGCUGGACAGGAGGAGUACGACAGGUUCCGCUCGCUGUGUUACCCACACACAGACGUCUUCCUCCUCUGCUUCAGCGUGGUCAACCCUGACUCCUUCCACAACAUCUCCACAAAAUGGAUCCCUCAGCUCCGAGCCCAUAACCCCACGUUACCCAUCGUCCUUGUCGGGACGCAGUCUGAUCUUCGCCACGACGUCAAUGUCCUCGUUCGCUUGGACAAGUUCCAGGUAGCACCGGUUCCAGCGUAUCAGGCCCGCAGGCUUGCCGAGCAGAUCCAAGCCCAGGACUAUGUAGAGUGUUCAGCUCUGACCCAAAAGAGUCUCAAGGAGGCCUUUGACACUGCUAUCUUUGCUGCUAUCAAGCACAAAGCCCACAGAGCAAACAGACUUACGUUUUUAGAUCGAGUUAAGACUUUCUCCAGCGUAGGAUGGCGGAAAUUGUUCUGCUUUGUCUGA